AUGGCCGCCGCAAGCAGUUCAACGACUCCAGUCAUUGGCAGAGACCGGAGCGUAUCAGACGUCGCCGCUGCCCACAACGUGGUCGACGACCCGCGACCGCCCGAAGCUGUGCAUCUCCCCCGCUCGGCCAGCUACACCUACUUUCCCCCGGUCAAGGACCUAGAGUACGAGGACUCGUCCGUCGUGGAGCUCAAGGGCAGGAUCUCUGAGGCAGAGCUUCACUCAUCGAGAGAUGAGGAUUCGCCCUAUUCCUCCAGUGGAGGCUCAACACCUGAAAACGAACCUGCCGACCCACCAGAAGGAAAGCCAUCGCAACCGGUUGAUCCGCUGCCCCAAAGAUCGAGGCUUUCCCGCUUCUUCUCCUCGUCGCGCGAGCCUGUGACGUCAGGCGGCCCGGCGAAGGACGGAUUGAAGGACAAGAGUACACGCAAGGACCCCUCGAGACAGCUACAGAAACAGCCCCCCAAGGAGGUGCGAAACGAAUCCCAUAAAACCCCGCAGCAGGAGAGCUCAAAGCAGAUUUCAAAGCAGGCGCAGAAACCAGCCCCGAACCACAUCCUAAAAGAGACUUCGAGAGAUACUCCGGCAGAUACUGCAAAAGACGCCGCAAAACCCACCCCGCAAGACGCUUCGAGGGAAUCGCCGAAGGAGAGUCAGCAAAAAGAACAAAGCGAGAACGAUAAGGAGGAGGAGGAAAAGGAGAAGACGGACAGGGCGGAAGCUGAUCAGCAGGCCGUGCCUCCCAAACGGUCGCUUACUCAUCUUCGACGCAAGUCCUGGGUGCCGUCCAGUGCGAAGGAGUCGUCGCCGAGCAAAUCCUCAGGAGAAGAUGGAGUAAACGGCAACCGCCCAUCUCCCGAAAAGCGUCGGAGCCUCAUCAACACAUCCCGGCGCAAAUCUAUUCUUCGCAAGGAUUCCGACCCCCCUCCGGUCGAGGAGGAGCGUGCAGAGCGCCCAGCUGCUGCAACCAGACGCAAGUCUUUCAUACGGAAGGAAUCGGAGGGCUCGCCCGCUUCGGAGGACCGUCUCACUUCCCGCGUGUCUCGACGCAUGUCCAUUCUGCGAAACAAUUCGGACCGCAAGGAAACGGAGUCACUUCCUGCCGAAGACCCGGCCGGCAAAUCUCCUAAGAAAAGCACCGUUCUCACGAAGCGACCUAGGAAACCGUCGGAUGCUUACAUCAAGCCAGUAAAGGCUGAAGAGCUUCCACCGAUUCCCGCAGUCCCCGAAAUACCCAAGUCUCCCAAUCUGCCGAAAUCCCCGUCAAUGCCUGCCUCGCCUGUCUUGGGCCAAUCGUUCUCCACGGAUAGGCUACCGACACUGAUGAGGUCGCCGCCAUCGCAAGAAUCCGUGAUUCCACCCUUACCUAGAACGGUCAACCAAGAGAAGUUGAAGACCUUCUCAUUAGAAACGCCGAAGAAGAAGGAUGAACUGUGGGGGCAAUUCAGGAGCCUGGAUGGAGACUACCAAAAAUUCUCAUCAAAGUCCAUCGCAUUGAAAGCAAAUGUUGUACGCCAGAACUUGAUUCCAUUCCUACGGACUUAUGCAGCACACCCAUCAAACAGUAAGCUUCGGCCAGAGGAUCUGGACCGCCGCAGCAACAUUUUGAAUAGAUGGUGGACGGGCUUGCUGGAGAUGAUCAAUGGGAAAAACAACCAAUCCAUCUCCGGGUCUGACAGACCGCAUAUCCUCCAGGCGAUAGUAGGUAUCAUGGAGCGCCCCGAAUGGCGCACACACCCUUCGCCAUUCGCACCUUUGACGGGAAGGCAUACAUCGAGCUUGCCCAGGUCGCAUUCCUCAACGUCAGUCGCUUCUAUCGAGUCCGACUUCCUGGCCGAAUCGGUGCAUCACAACGUGCGCAACACUUUCAUUCAGAAUCUCACGGCACAGAUGGGAUUUGUGGUUGAGAAAAUGUCUUUGCGAAAUGCCCCGGCUAGUUUGGUGAACUUCUGUGGGAAAACAUGCGCAUACGCCUUCUUCUUCUGCCCUGGCAUGGCGGACAUCCUUGUUAGAUUGUGGUCACCCUCUCUGGAUGCCAUGAGACGGGUUAUGGCCGAGUGCAAGAUGUCAGACAGGUCGAAGCUCGAUGAGACGUCCAAAGUCAUCCUCCCCAACUUCCCACCGAGCCUCCAUUCCCUUGGAUUCACCAAUCUUCACAAGACUUUCCGUGAGCUCCGCAAACCUGCCCCGUUCCCUCUCGGGACGGCUAAUUUGCCUUGGCAUGGGUCGUGGGUGAAGCGAUGGUCAGGAACGGAGAGCGAUCUUUUCUACGUCUUUACCAAGUGCUAUCAUAUCCUGAUCACGGACUUCCUUCCGGAAGGAACGUCGGCAGCCGAGCGACUCUGCGCCCCCGGAUUGGUCAUGGUCCACGCCCAGAUCCUGGCGAACCUGGACGAGACGCUCCACCGCCACGCAGCGAUGACUGCGGCAAAGGAAGAAGAUACGCACUCAACGUCUUCAGUCACAUUUGACGACGUGCUUGCGGACGGACCGGAUGCAGCGGCUUCGGCUCUUCCAAUACCGCCGGCCAACGCCGUUCGGCUGAUGGCAGAGAACCGUUUAAUUAUGCUUCUUCGAGACUUCCUCUCGGCAGGAAGCUCGCAUGUCCUCACAGCACCUCAUAUUUUUGCAGACAGUUUCAGUUCUCUCUUACAAGCAGCCGCUCGUAGGGUCUCAAUUUUUGAUCAUAACGCGUCUUAUACCCUUUGCGAUUUUCUGGAAGAAGCUCUUUUGAUUUUGCUGCGUUAUGAGCGCGCUGCUGACAGACUGGUUGUGGACUGGACGUUUUGGAUUUCGGUGUACAAACGCAUGACAGAGAGCCAUAACACCACGACGGAGAUUCGACUUUUGUCCUUUUUAUACAGCGUAUGGGGCACGAUUGUCGAGGAUGAGAAGCGCAAGUCUGAGCUCUGUCUCAACUUCUUGCUCGAGCCAGGAUUCUUCGAAAGCCGGUUCAACCACUGGUGCCCCAUGCUCCGGGCGUACUACAUGAGGUUGCUCUGCUGGAGGAUCUCGAGAUUUGACGGGGAAGCUACGGAUUGUGACUCACGAAUUCUGAAGAGUGUCGAGGAGAGGUUGCAGUCGGUCUGGGCCCACUAUCUGUACCUGCAGGAAGUGGCACAAACGCGAAACGAGCCGCUCCCCUCGACGACGCCUUGCAACCCAGCGCCCGGACGCCGGCUCCUUAUCAUACGACACGACGCGCCGCUGUCGCCUGCGAACGGGCCGUUUCUCUCAUUCGAUGGGAUCGUGUCGAAUGCGCCUAAAAACCAACAGACAGCGUACGGCAGCCACUCGUCGCUUGAGAACCAGCUGGGUGACACGAACAUCCGGCCGACUUCUGCACUUUCGAUUGCUUCGGAUAACUCGGAUGCUGGGGAGGAGGACAAUGGCAAAAAGCGGUUCAGCUUAUUGCGCAAUCUCCUGAGCGUUUCCAAGCCGCGCUCGAAGUCUCGCAGCCCUGAACCGCCGACGUCACGCGAGGGAGCCACGAACGCAUCGAAUUCGACCAACAUUACUCCGGAUGCGGCAGCGAAAAAGCAUAACACGCCAGAUGUGCCUCCGCAUCGUAGCUACUGCUUCCGGUUUUCGUUAGAAUGGGUGCACGACAAGCGCUUCGCAAACCCUGGGCCGAUGCGUCUGCUGCCUCCGCGUCUGCCUCCGGCAGCUCAUAACUUCUUGCACGCACAGCGCGAGGAAUCGGAAACGGCCAACCCCAAGCCAAUCACGAGCGUUAAGCCGGAGGGGCCAGCCAUCACUUCGAGCAAGUAUGCAGGACGCGCGCUGGGCGAGUGGGCUAUAGUGGUGGGCGAAUGCCAGAGCUUCUUUCAACGCAGGAAGGAUGAGGGUGUGCCGAACAACAAGUUGGUCGAGACGCCUACGCUUGGAGUCGAAGUAUUCAGGCGACCAGGUUAG